CAUGCGUUGCCAUGGACAAUGCUGCCGUAAAGCCACAAUCGAAGAGAAAAAGGCGGAAGCUGGCGGAGCUUCGAGACGACACAAAGACGUCCAGACGGCCAUCAGAAUAAUGGCGUCAUACGAGGAGAACGAACGACAACAAAAGCAACUGGAAGCGGAUGGCGAGAAUCGUGUCAUGUUGAGCAUCCAAGACAUCCAACAACUGAUUGUUCAUCAGAGAGAAUUUGCCUCUCAGUCACCUGGGGGGAGCUCCAGUUUUGAGCACGAGGAGCCACAGCCUCCCCACAUUAAAGAGGAAGAUGAGGAGUUUGACGACAGCAAGUUGCCACCGACUGGUGUCUCUGUAAAGAGUGAAGACGACGAAGACAAACAACCCGAGCGGUCACAGUUUCAUCAGCACAGUCUGAGUGGAGACCAUUGUGACAACCUCUUAGCUCCACUGUCAGACAGUGACGACACGGAAGAACCUUUAAGGAGGGACAAAGACUACAAAGGUGACAACAAACAGCUGCAAAGCUCCAAAAAAGAGAAAAGUCUUGGAAAAAAGGAAACAUCACAAACGCGUAAAAUAUUUUUUACCUGCUCAGUUUGUGGUAAACGUUUUGCUAAAAAAGCAUAUAUUAGACACGUGAGAACACACAGAGAUGACAAAGGCUUUCGUUGCUCAUUGUGUGCUAAAACAUUCUCUCAUAAGUCAUCUGUGGUACAACACAUGAGAACACACACAGGACAAAAACCUUUCUGUUGCUCAAUUUGUGGUAAAAGUUUCACUCGAAAAAAGAACAUGUCACAACACAUGAAGACACAUACAGGAGAAAAACCCUUUUGUUGCGCAAGUUGUGGUGAACGAUUCGCUCUAAAGUCAAAUAUGGUAAAACAUAUGAGAACACACACAGGAGACAAACCGUUUGCCUGCUCCAUUUGUGGAAACACAUUCUCUCGAAAGUCAAACAUGGUAUACCACAUGAGAACACACACAGGAGAAAAACCGUUUUGUUGCUCCAUUUGUGGUGCAAGAUUCACUGCUAAGCGAACCAUGACAGAACACAUGAAAACACACACCGGAGAAAAACCCUUUUGUUGUUUGGUUUGUGGUAAGACAUUCUCACAGAAACGACAUCUGGUAAGACACACGAUAACACACACAGGAGAAAAACGCUUUAGUUGCUCAACCUGUGGUAAAACCUUCUCUCGAAAAGACAUAAUGGAAACACACGUGAAAAAACACACAGGGGAAGCUCCCUUUAGUUGCUCAAAUUGUGGUAAAAUGUUCUUUAGAAAGGACAAAAUGGAAACACACAUGAGAAAACACACAGAAGAAAGAAACUUUAGUUGUUCCGUCUGUGGUCAAAAAUUCAUUACAAAACAAAAUCUGGUGUCACACAUGACAACACACACAGGAGAAAAACUCUUUUGUUGCUCAACUUGUGGUAAAACCUACUGUAGAAAAGAUUAUUUGGAAACACACAUGCGAACACACACAGGAGAAAAACCAUUUUGUUGCUCUACUUGUGGUAAAAGGUUUACUCAAAAGUCAGUUAUGGUUAGACACAUGAAAACGCACACAGGAGAAAAACCCUUUAGUUGCUUAAUGUGUCAUAAAACAUUCUCUCAUAAAUCACACGUGGUAUCACACAUGAGAACACACACAGGAGGAAAACCCUUUUUUUGCUCAAUUUGUGGUAAAGGUUUCACUCAAAAGUCAGUUAUGGUUAGACACAUGAAAAUACACACAGGAGAAAAACCCUUUAGUUGCUCAACUUGUGAUAAAACGUACUCUCGAAAAGACUAUUUGGAAACACACAUGAAAACACACACAGGAAAAUUAAUCCCCCGAAAUACCGCGGCAUCCGAAGCAGACCCCAUAUUGUUUUUAUAGCAUUUUAUUCUACGGAGGAGCUGUGUAAUACACUACAUGUCAUUGUUGUCAUCCUCAUCAGCCUGCAUUUAAGCAUCAUCAUCAUAUUAGUUCAAUUUUCAAUGUUCAGUUUCGAUUCACAGUCAUCUCUUUUGCACGGUAUAGGGACUAAGCCCAGUCGUGAAUCCAGAAAAACUAUGAGUAAUUGACAUCCCCCUAAAAUGUUUUUAAAAUCCUAUAUUAAUAUUGAGAGCUGUAAAUAUAGCACAAUCAAGGUUCCAAAAGCAAUUUACUCUGGUACAUUGACUUUUGUAUUAUCUUCUGUGGACCACACUUGUAACGAAAAUCAGUCACAUCUCAAAUCACCUGUGCCCAUUGAAAAUGAGUAGAAAGGAUGGUAAUCUCAAGUGGACAAAUAAAAUACCAAGCACCUCUCUGAAAUGCAGUUAACUUAAAUUGGCAUUGAAUUGUGUUUAUGGAACUAAUAAAUCUGUAUAGUAAUUAGC